UUUACCGACAGACAGAGAUCAGGUCAGAGCACUGUAGUACAAAAAACACUGAGUUUAAUGGAACCAGCUAAGGAAGAAGAAAGCAGUGUUCAAGAUGAGGCUGUGGACAAAAGCAACUUUAAGAACUGCAACCACAUUGCUUUCUACAGGCGUCAGAAACUUCUGCAUCCUGGGAAGUCCUUGUAUCAAGCAUUGUUGGAUUCGGUUACAUUAUGCAAUGAUAGUGUCAAACUCCAAAUAAUUAAUGAGAAGAAUAAGGUUCCUCUCCUAGUGGAAAUUUAUGCAAUAGAAGGCAACAUUUUCAGGCUUAAAAUUAAUGAGGUAUCUCCUCUCAAAUCAAGGUAUGAAGUCCCUGAUGUUCUCAUAAAAGAACCUACCACUCAGAGGCUCUCUAUAGCCCAGAAGGAGGCAGGUAUUCUGGUACUGACAUGUGCCAGUGAGGACCGCAAGCUUCAUAUCACAGCAAAUCCAUUCCAGAUAGAACUAGAGUCCAAGGGUGAGACCGUACUGAGCGUGAACACCAAUGGCCUGUUGUACUUUGAGCAUCUACAACCGCCACCCCAAAACAGCAAAACUACAGCACAAAAGGAAGAGGACACAUCAAUUGGCUCCUCUCAGGAAAAUCAAGAGGAUCUGGGUCUCUGGCAGGAGGAAUUUGGCAGUUUUUUAGACAUCAAAGCUAAUGGUCCCAGUUCCAUAGGCUUGGAUUUUUCUUUGCAUGGAUGUGAACAUGUCUAUGGAAUACCAGAGCAUGCAGAAACACUUCUCCUCAAAAACACCAGUGACGAUGAUGCCUACCGGCUUUUUAACUUGGAUGUCUAUGGGCACAAGAUCCAUGACAAAAUGGGCAUUUAUGGUUCAGUGCCCUUUCUGUUAGCACAUAAACCUAACAGAACUUCUGGGAUCUUCUGGCUGAAUUCCUCAGAAACUCUAGUGGAGAUUAAUACAAAAGCUGUAAUGGAGCAUGUACCAUCCAGAUCCCCUCCAGACAUAACUAAGCAGAGAGUGGUGCCUCAAACUGAUGUGCGCUGGAUGUCAGAAAGUGGAAUAAUUGAUGUUUUCCUCCUAAUGGGACCCACCCCUUUUGAUAUCUUCAAGCAAUAUGCACAAUUGACAGGCACUCAAGCCCUGCCUCCACUCUUCUCCUUGGGUUACCACCAAUGCCGCUGGAACUAUGAGGAUGAGCAGGAUGUAAAGACAGUAGACACUGGCUUUGAUGAGCAUGACAUCCCCUAUGAUGUUAUAUGGCUGGACAUAGAGCACACAGAAGGCAAGAGGUACUUCACCUGGGACAAGAAAAAAUUCCAGCACCCCAAAAGGAUGCAGGAACUGCUCAAGAGGAAAAAACGCAAGCUUGUCGUCAUUAUAGAUCCUCACAUUAAGGUUGAUCCCAUGUACACCCUAUACUCUCAGGCCAAAAAGAAGGGGUAUUUUGUGAAGAAUAGGACAGGCCAAGACUUUGAGGGCAUCUGUUGGCCAGGUUCCUCUUCUUACCUGGAUUUUACCAAUCCUGAAGUCCGAGAAUGGUAUGCAGAUCAGUUUGCCUUCAAAUCAUAUAAGGGCUCUACUGACAUCCUGUUUGUAUGGAAUGAUAUGAAUGAGCCUUCAGUCUUCAAAGCGGCAGAACUAACCAUGCAGAGAGAUGCUGUCCACCAUGGCAACUGGGAGCACCGGGAGGUUCACAAUCUCUAUGGCUUUUACCAACAAAUGGCAACUGCAGAAGGGCUUAUCAAACGUUCUGGGGGACAGAGGAGGCCAUUUGUCCUCACGCGAUCUUUCUUUGCCGGAUCACAGAAGUAUGGUGCAGUAUGGACAGGAGACAACGUAGCAGAGUGGAGUUACUUAAAAAUCUCCAUUCCAAUGUUGCUCACAAUCAGCAUUGCAGGAAUUUCAUUCUGUGGAGCUGAUGUGGGCGGGUUUAUUGGGGACCCAGAACCAGAGCUACUUGUUCGCUGGUAUCAGGCUGGUGCAUACCAACCAUUCUUCAGAGGCCAUGCCAAUAUCGAAAGCAAACGGCGUGAACCAUGGCUAUUUGGGGAUGAGAACACACGGAUCAUCAGGGAAGCCAUUAGAGAGCGCUACACCCUUCUGCCCUACUUGUAUUCACUGUUCUACCGGGCACACACCACUGCUGAACCAGUCAUGAGGCCUCUCUGGGUAGAGUUCCCCAAGGAACAAGAAACUUUUGGUGUGGAAGAUGAAUACAUGCUGGGAAACGCUUUACUGGUGCAUCCAGUCAUUGAACAAGAGGCCACUACAGUGAACGUUUUACUGCCUGGGUCAGAUGAGGUUUGGUAUGACUUCAGAAGAUUUAGACGACUGGACUAUCCAGGAACUCUGAAGAUCCCAGUAACACUGGAGAGUAUUCCAGUGUUCCAGCGAGGGGGGUGUGUGGUGCCCCUUAAGACCACCGUAGGAAGAUCCACUGAAUGGAUGACAGAUAUUUCUUACGAACUCCAUGUUGCUCUGGACUCCAAGGACUUUGCAGUAGGUGAGCUCUAUCUAGAUGAUGGGCAUUCAUUUCAGUACCUCCAUAAGAAGCAAUUCCUGCACAGGAAAUUCACUUUCCACAAGAAUGUUUUCUCUUCCAGCUGUGCUGAUGAAUUUGGGCAGUACCACACAAAAUGUGUAGUUGAACGGGUACUAAUUCUGGGAGUUCAAAAGCAACCCACAUCUGUGACAGUCAGUCUCCAGGAUGGGAAAGACAAAGAAGUGGUUUUCACAUAUGAUGUCAAGUCCUCCAUGUUGACCCUGGAAAAACUAUUAUUAAAUGUUGGUGCGGACUGGGAAAUUCACAUCAAGUGAGAGGAGAAACUGCAUCUUCAGAGAACUGGAUGGAAAGUUGAAAGGAAAUGGUUUUGAAGGACUUAAAUUUCUCUCUUGAAUCUGACUAGUUUGAAAUAAUGUAGGCAGAACUAUAGCAGCCCCAGGCUAAUCUUUCUUAACAUUUUCUUUUAAAAGAUUGAUUUAACUUAGAUUUGACAAGCUCUUCCCUGGUCAGUAGCUGGCAAAAGUAAUAGUAAUGCGAUCAUAUCACUGGAAAAGGCUCAUCGCUGUCCUGCCAAGGCUGGUUUCAUUUUGGCAAACAGGAUUCUGCAGGCAGUGGGCUAAAUUCUGCCCUCCCUUGCACCCAGGGCCGGCUCCAGGCACCAGCA